UAUCUUUCAGGUAAAACAAGAACAAAAGACAAAUACAGAGUCGUCUACUCCGAUCACCAACGUCUAGAACUCGAAAAAGAAUUCAGGUUCUCCCGUUACAUAACAAUUAGGCGAAAAGCAGAACUGGCCCAAAUGUUGGCCCUCAGCGAACGCCAGGUUAAAAUCUGGUUCCAAAACCGAAGGGCCAAGGAAAGAAAACAGGUUAAAAAGUUGGACGAACCUCCAAAUAAAACUGGUAAAGAACCACCUUUGGCAGGAAGUUCUUCGGGUGCUUCGGAAAUGGUUCUUGGUGGUUCUUAUUUGGGUGACCAUCAUCAUUUGAUGGGAAUUUGACAAGAUGAAGGGAUUGAUGAUAGUGUCAGUUGGUAGUAAAAAGAUAAAUGAAAUUUGGAUUGGAUUUUUGGUGAUUGAACCAAAAAUGGCAGGAAAAUUUGUGAGAUUAUUGUUCGAGUUGGUGGAGGAAAAGUAAAUAAAAAUUGCACCAUAUUUUUAGUCCUUAAGGCCUUAAGCCUUACUUAGUGGUAGAAAAAUUAUUAAUGGUUGGUGGAGCGGUAUAGGUACAGUUAUUUUUCAGUGACAUUAAUAUUUACAAAAAUCCUGAAAAAGCAAAAAGUGAUUUUGAGAUUAAACUCUCCUAAUUUGGUGAUACGUUUGA